AUGGACCCAAAACUGAAUGUCGAGCUGAAGAAAGAAGUGGACAGUGCAACUAAUUCCGAGACCAUCUAUGUCAUUCCCACUUUAAACAAAAAGAAUCAGCUUCCCAGUUUUCCGAUGUUUGGAGUGAAGUUACCAGACCUUAUCAACAUGCAAGGAAUGUCACAGCCAGCCCUAACAUCCUUCCCCAACCAACUCAACCCCUCUAUGGCCCCACAUGUACCAAUGCGAAGUUAUCCCACAACUACCGUACCCCCUGCCACUACUCCUGAACCUUCAGUACCCACUACGCUUUCAGCCAACGACCUUGACCUUCUUAGAGGAGUUCACAAUAACACUCAAACUCUCAUGGAAGCUCAAGACCUGCUACGACAGAUACUGGACAUAUUGAGUCAGCGCUUGAUUUCAGAACCUUUCAAAGCCUACGAUGAACAAUAUAAUGAAACUGCUCCUGACGUCUUUGAAGCUACAAAACCAAAGAACACUACUUUGGAGAUUCUGUCGCAAAUCGAAGUGAACAGUAGCAAUGAGACGAAGGGCAGUAACGACACCGAUCAGAUCGUGGCGCUUCACUCGCUUCCUACUGUAUUACAAUCAAAUGGAAUCGACGACUUGGAAGACGCCUCGGAUUCUGAAGAAGACGAGUAUACAGAAGCGCCAACUACAAGUUCAGAAGAAGCUUCGGCCGGCAGACUCAGUGGAGUCAACAUGUACAUAGUAAUUGUAUUAUACUUAAUUAAGGGUGCCAUAAAUCUAAUAGUUUAA